GCAGAGCCGGGGAGCUGGCUAUUGACAUUGUCCUUAAGCCUCCCACAAAUAACAGCCAUUAGCUGGAAGGUCAGGAGCUGAGCAGGCAGCUUGACUAAGGGACUGAGUGCCACUUCAGAAAGCAAGAGGCUAGCAAAUUUGAGAAGGAGUUUAAGUGGGUAAUAGUUAGCUGUAAAGGUACAGCCACUGUUGGCACAAUUGCCUCACAUAGUUUGUUCGGUUUGUUUUUGGUUGGUUGUUGUUGUUUUUGCACCCUCCAUCCCCAUUCCACACAACAAGAAUAUUUUUCUUGACUGCAGGUGGACUUAAUAUAUUUUAAGGCAACAGUUCUUUGAGUACUCAUUUCUGCUGCUAAGAUAUUGAAUUUGCAGCUUUUGAGACUUUUGUGUGCUUAAUGGCGGUGAACUGGAGGGAAGUUUUAACAGAAAAGCUUUCAGGAGAUGCCAGGAACUAAAGAGGAAGACACAUUUGUGUCAACAUAGUGCACACUUCCUCAUCUUUUCUCAUUGCGCUCUAAUGACACCAGGCUGCCAUUGAAGCUUUCUCGUGAUCCUUUUGUUGCUUUUGAGGGGGAUAAGGUUUAUUAUUGUUCUUUAGUUAAGGAAAAAACUGCAGGAGUGGUACAUUUGUCCUCUAAAAUUGCAGACGUUAUUAGAAGAUGAAUGUUCCUUACACAUUCAGUAGAGACAAGCAAGAUUCCCUUUUUUUUUUAAUGCAAGUUGAUUUUAUCAGGGAGCAUGAAUUUUGCUUUACAUUUCUUUUUUAAAGUUGCAGUAUUUGUGUACUUUAUGUAGGUGUUCUCUCUCUCUCUCUCUCUCCCCUCCGUGCCCCUCCUUCCAGCUUUUCCUCAUAGGACGGCAAACUACAUAUCAGCAAUGGGAAAAUACUAUGUAUUGUUCUAAAUACAGAUGAUUUUAAAAAGUUGUUGAUACCAGUGGCUUUUUGACUUCUCGUGAUCUCUCAUAAACACUAGUUAAUCUUAAUAGAAAUAUGUCUUUUUUUUUUCCUGGGAUGAAACUGUUUUGCUCCUCCUGUCUUCUUUUUCUUUUCCUUUAGGUUGUUAAAGGCUGUUCUACAGUCUUCAUCUGUAAAGUUUAAAUAGGACAAAAGAAAGAAAGAGACGUUUAAUCUUUAUAGAAAAGAAGGGAGACAUUUCUUUUCCUCUGACUUCGGCUCCUGAAGGCAUUUAGGCAGUUAACAGGAGGGGGAGAGAAGAAAGCUGUGAGAGAUGAAACAUUCAGAAGAGGCAGAAGUGGAUGUGAGAGACAGAGACAUUCAGAGACAAACAGAACGAAAGAGGACAAGAGGCUUGACUUUAAGAGACUCCUGCAGUGACAACUCCAUGCAGUUCGGAACAACAAGGACGGCAACCACCUCCGAGUCGGGUUUCAUGGGGACAUGGCAGAACGCUGACACUAACCUCUUGUUCAGAAUGUCCCAGCAGGCAAUACGCUGCACGUUGGUAAAUUGCACAUGUGAAUGUUUCCAACCAGGGAAGAUAAACCUGAGAACCUGUGAUCAAUGUAAACAUGGCUGGGUGGCACAUGCUUUGGACAAGCUUAGCACUCAGCAUUUGUACCAUCCAACUCAAGUGGAGAUUGUGCAAUCCAACGUUGUGUUCGACAUCAGCAGCUUGAUGCUAUACGGUACUCAGGCUGUGCCUGUGAGACUGAAGAUUCUGCUUGAUCGACUGUUCAGUGUAUUGAAACAGGAAGAAGUAUUGCACAUCCUUCACGGUUUGGGCUGGACUCUUCGCGACUAUGUUCGGGGUUACAUCCUUCAGGAUGCUGCAGGCAAAGUGCUGGACCGCUGGGCCAUCAUGUCCAGGGAAGAAGAGAUUAUUACCCUUCAGCAGUUUUUGAGGUUUGGAGAAACCAAAUCCAUUGUGGAGCUGAUGGCAAUUCAAGAAAAAGAAGGGCAAGCCGUUGCUGUUCCAUCUUCAAAGACAGACUCAGACAUACGGACUUUUAUUGAAAGCAAUAAUCGAACCAGGAGCCCAAGUCUCCUUGCUCACUUGGAGAACAGCAACCCUUCCAGCAUUCAUCAUUUCGAAAACAUCCCAAACAGCCUAGCAUUCCUGCUACCAUUUCAAUACAUAAAUCCAGUCUCCGCUCCACUACUGGGCUUGCCGCCGAAUGGACUCCUGCUGGAACAGCCAACGCUGAGACUGCGUGAGCCAAACCUUUCAAGUCAGAACGAAUUUAAUGAAAGCAGUGAAUCUGAUGUUUCCCCAGCCCCUUUCAAGAACGAGCAGACCUCCAGCAGGAAUGCCUUGACCAGCAUCACCAACGUAGAGCCCAAAAGCGAGCCAACUUCCGUUUCCCCUGUUCAGACUUCGACCCCUGUCAGUGAUUUAUCCAAACCUGAACAUACAAAGAGCUCUUUCAGGAUUCACAGAAUGCGAAGGAUGGGCUCAGCCUCACGGAAAGGAAGAGUCUUUUGCAACGCAUGCGGGAAAACCUUUUAUGACAAGGGGACCCUGAAAAUCCACUACAAUGCAGUCCACCUUAAGAUCAAACAUCGAUGUACGAUCGAAGGUUGCAACAUGGUCUUCAGCUCCCUUAGAAGUCGCAACCGCCACAGUGCUAACCCCAAUCCCCGACUUCAUAUGCCCAUGUUAAGAAACAAUCGAGACAAGGAUCUCAUCCGUGCUACAUCCGGCGCUGCCACUCCUGUUAUAGCAAGUACAAAAUCGAAUCUAACAUUAACGAGCCCGGGCCGACCUCCGAUGGGUUUUACCACUCCCCCAUUAGAUCCUGUGUUACAAAAUCCUCUUCCUAGCCACCUCGUAUUUCCCGCUUUAAAGACUGUACAGCCGGUUCCUCCUUUUUACAGAAGUUUACUUACGCCUGGGGAGAUGGUGAGUCCUCCCACCUCAUUACCAACUAGUCCAUUGAUGCCAGUAACUGGCACAAUGGAACAGUCUUCUCUCCCUUCAGAAUCAACACUGCCCACAGGCAUCAUGCCCCUCCAAGAAACAAGUGCUGACCUCGCCCCUAAGAAAAAGCCACGAAAGUCAAGCAUGCCUGUCAAAAUAGAGAAGGAAAUCAUUGACACAGCCGAUGAGUUUGAUUACGAAGAUGAGGAAAUUAACGAUAACAGAAGCAUAACUCAUGAUGGUGGUCAUGACAAUCAUUGCCAUUCUCAGGAGGAGAUGAGCCCAGGGUUGUCAGUGAAGGACUUCUCAAAAAAUGGCCAAAACAGGUGCAUUUCAAGGACAGAGCUAAGAAGGACAGAUAGUAUGACAUCAGAUGACCAAGAGCACGAGAGGGACUAUGAAAAUGAGUCUGAAUCCUCAGAGCCAAAAUUGUGUGAGGAAUCCAUGGAAGGGGAUGAACACAUGAUCCAUGAAAGAAGUAGCAAGUCUAUGAUGAACCAUGAAAGACCGGAUGAAAACCACAAUGAUGCUUCCCACCCCAGUGAAAUUAAAGUCAAGGAAGAGUUUACAGACCCUACAUAUGAGAUGUUUUACAUGAGCCAAUACGGACUUUAUAAUGGAGGCAGUGCCAGCAUGGCUGCUCUCCAUGAAAGCUUCGCUUCAUCGUUUAGUUAUAACAGCCCCCAGAAAUUCUCUCCAGAAGGUGAUUUGUGCUCGAGUCCAGAUCCCAAGAUCUGCUAUGUGUGCAAGAAGAGUUUCAAGAGUUCCUACAGCGUGAAACUCCAUUAUAGGAAUGUUCACUUAAAAGAGAUGCAUGUCUGCACAGUGGCUGGCUGCAAUGCUGCUUUCCCCUCCCGAAGAAGCAGAGACAGACACAGUGCUAAUAUAAAUCUGCACCGUAAACUAUUGACCAAAGAACUGGAUGACAUGGGACUGGAUUCCUCUCAGCCCUCUCUUAGCAAGGACCUCCGUGAUGAAUUCUUGAUGAAGAUCUAUGGUGCUCCACCCCAUUUGGGUUUUGAUCUACGGGAAGACACCUCCUCCCCAGCAGGUACAGAGGACUCCCACUUGAAUGGAUACGGACGGGGCAUGUCAGAAGAAUACAUGGUAUUAGACCUGAGCACCACCUCCAGCAUCCAGUCAAGCAGUAGCAUUCAUUCUUCCAGAGAAUCGGAUGCAGGAAGCGACGAGGGCAUCCUGUUGGAUGACAUGGAUGGGGUCAGCGACAGCGAGGAAUCAUCACACAAAACUGAGGCUGCAGCCUUAGGGGUCAGCUUGAGUGCUGAAGUCCCGGGGUCUCUCAUGUUUAACAGCGUUUCCAUGAAUAAUGGGGGGAUCAUGUGCAACAUUUGUCACAAAAUGUACAGCAACAAGGGGACUCUCAGGGUGCAUUACAAGACGGUACACUUACGUGAAAUGCACAGAUGUAAAAUCCCUGGAUGCAACAUGAUGUUUUCCUCGGUCCGCAGCCGAAAUCGGCACAGUCAGAACCCGAAUCUGCAUAAAAACAUUCCCUUCACCUCACUAGAUUAAUCCCGAGAUGGACACGAUCAGUGCCAACUCAAAAAGUAAGACCUUAUACUUCUUCAAAUUGCCAUUUACAGACUCUUCUAUAAAUAUAUAUAAAUAUAAAUAUAUAAAUAUAUAUCUUUUUUUUCUUUUUUAAACAAAACAGAAAAAGACCGGGUGCUUUCCUUCCUCCCCCCCCCUCAUUCCCUCCCUAAUUUUUGUUCCUUUGUUUUGUUAUGUUUUUUUUAACAGAAAAAAAAUUAUGUGGGUUGGGAUAGUAUCUUUAACCUGGGAUAACAUUUCCACUGCUUAAAAAAAAAAAAAAGAAUAACAAAUGAACUUACCUUUUAAAACUCGCUUUUGUUAUAAAAAAUUGUGGUCAUCUCCAAAGAGACUGUUUCUUCCAUCAAUGACUGUUGCCUGCAAUCUUAGAAGAAGAAAGGAGAGGAAAAGAAAAGAAAAGAAAAGAAAAACCCCUAAAAACAAAGCACUGCAAAGAUAUUAAAAGGAGAGAGAAAAAGGACAACUUCAAUUGUUUUUGUGUAUUUUAAACCUUUGAGAGGUUCGUCAACUACGCAUGGCUGUUAACACUUGUAUAUAUUGAGCCUUGAAAGGCCCAUGAUGUAAAACAAUUGUAUUGAUGGUGGUUUAACCUUUUCUUUGUUUGUUUGUUUGGGAUUUGUUUUUGUUUUACAUUUACAUUUACAUCCAGCUGUGAGAUAUGUGGGGGGUUGGGUGGGAAUAGUUUGCUGGCUAGCUCAAUUCAUUUAUAUUAGCUUCAGUGCACAUUUUUUUUUAAAGAAAAAAAGAAAACUCAAGUUCCAUUUUUAACUACCUGCUAGAAACGCAUAAGGGGAGGUGCUGGCAUGUUUAGAGCACCUGAUUGGAUACAGGUUUUCCUUGUUUUGUUUUUAUUUUGGUCUUGUUACGAUUACAUAAAUCCAGUCAUGCACUUUUUUUCUUACACGAUGUGGGGAUGUGUAAUAAUAUCCAUACCCUUUUUUCCCUUAAAAGUAUUGCCAUACUAUCAGUGUCUUAUUAAGAAAAGAAAAAAAAAGAAACCUACCCUUUGUUCCACGUGGUGUCUGGUCAGUAUGGCAGGCAAAUGCUGAACAAAAUCGUGUUACGCGCGAACACGAAACUGCCAACUUUGCACAAGUUUUCAAUAACCAAAAUAUAUGAAUCAGCUGGUAUUAACCGCAAGCUAAGGUUGUGGCAGUGAGGGGGAAAAAAAAAACCAAUCCUAGGAACUGGGGAGCAACGGAACACCAUACCUAAAUGUAUUUCUCAGGUCCUAAAAAUUAUGCACAUUCGCAAAGCAAGGCCACAGUUUUGUUUUUAAAAAAAAUGAAAAAGAGGAGGAAAAAAAAAGCAGAAGUUACUUACUAAGAGACAACGGAGGGAUUUCUUCAACUAACGGAAGAUGAACUUUUUAGGAAAGUGGUGCAAGCCAGCAAUUGUUUACCUGGAAGUAAGCCCCAUUACACUCGGGGUGUGUUUGUGUGUGUGUGGGGUGGGGUGGGGUCUUCCUCUUUUGGAGGCCUGCAAAAGGUUGCAUUGUGGUUCUCUCAAAGCCACACUUGAUCUCUCCCCCACCCAAAACUAAUUGCCCUGCUAAUGUUCAGGAAAUGCAGUUGUAUGAUGUAAUGCUGUUGAGUGUUUACGCAUACCAAUCCGGCACACUUUCAGAGUGUGUUGAAGCUCUGAAGGCAAUGGUGUUAUAAAUCUUCUUCCAUUCCCCCCUUUCUGUCCCCUGAAGAGAUCAAUAGAAAAAGGCUCGGGAGGGGUAGGUGAGCUUCUGGAAGGCAUACAUCUCUCUUGCAUUCCCUUUGCGCCUCCGUGACUUAAGAGACGGCUUCAAAAUUCCUUGAAAUGAAGACUUUCCCGUGUUCCUGACUGAAGACUUGGGCCGUGGUUGUCUUCCAAAGGGAACCACCGGCCUCUGCAGAGUUGACUGGUCCGCACUGGAAGGUGCAAUAGACUGAUUAAGGCAUGUUUUUAUAGAAGCAAUCAAAAGCCAUUCACGGCACAAGCACUUAAAGCUUGGGAAAUAUGCGCUGUUCAUUUUGGUUGGGUGACCACCCUUCAGUAGAGACAAGCUGACAGCUAUGUUGUGGGGGGGGGGGGGAAAUCCAGAGCAAAUUUCAAUGUUUUGGUUGGUUGUACUUUCCAAAAGCGAUUUGUCAGAGAGAAUCACAGUGGAGUUAGGAAUAAGCAUCCAAGAAGAAACCAGGGAGGAAUCUGCACACCAAUCCAUUUUGGUUGUUCCCGUUUCUGGUGUUUACACAUGUUGUCUGAGUGUGGCAAGCCACACUAGCAGCUUCUCUAACCCCAACCUACUGAGGGAAUGAUAUUUGCUCAAGCUCGGUAGUAAAGAUCAUGAUGGUAUGUGUCAUAUAACAAAUCCUUUCUUGGAAGGAUACCUAAGGAGUAUUUCCCCCAUGUAGUAUAUUACUAAUGCACAGAAAAUGUUUUUCUUUCUUAGAAGUUUCUCCUGUGACUGCAAAACCAGAAAUGGUUAUUUGUUUUCAGCCUUCGAGUUGAACCAGUUACGUACUUUCCAACCACUGUUCAUUGUAUAAUAACUCAGUCUGUUAAUUUUAUUAGCGGAAACGAUUCCUCCUCUUCAUUGGCCCCAAUCCAGCUAUACAGUAGUUUGUGGUGACCAAACCCCAUUAAAGCCAUGGGAAGAAAUUAGUCACAGCUAAUGUAAAUCCUAACUUGAUCAUAAGUAGCUUGGUGCCUUUGUAUACUAAGUAUUUUUCCCCUAACAACAAAGCAAAAACAAUAGUUGCAGUAUUUUCCAUGCGUGUUUAGAAAAGAAAAGAAAAUGGGGGACGAAAGCUUCCUUAAUUAAAAUGCCUUAUUUUAAAUCACAUUUCUCUGAUUUCAGUUAGUGAUCCUGACAUGAUCUCCAGAAUUCAUAGAGACUCUUGAAAAAUACUGACCAGUUCGUCAAAGUAUGUUUAUAUCAAAACUAUGUUUACAUCAAAACCGCCACAAUUUUUGCUGACUUGAUUUUUUUUCAUUUGUGCUUUGUCUUUUUCUUUUUUUUUUUUCAAAGUCUUACUUUUUAAAAAAUAAAAUUGAACAGAGAGAGGUUUGUUUUGUUUUAUGCUGCAUAAUGUGUCGUAUACUUGUGAAAGGGAACAGAGAAAGCAAAGGUGCAAUUCUUCUCAAACCUAAAUGACAUUCGGUAGUGCUACAUGAUUGCCUUGCACUGUGUUUUCAAACACUUAUCAAGAUUAGUAAGAACAAAGCAAGAAGAAAUAUUGACAAGGCAAAACAGACCUAAACAAAUGGCUAAAUGAUAUCUAAGGAACAAACAGAAAAAAAAAACACUGUUUUUGAAGUAUGUAUGGUAUAAAUAAAUAUCAUUUUUAAUGAAAAACAUGCUUGAGUUAUAUAAAUAAUUCUUUCCCGAAUAAAUCACUGAUCUGCAUUCUCAUUUUACAUUUGUUUCUGAUA